AUGCGCAAGUGGAUCUGUUGUACAUGUCAAAUAGAAGACUCAAAUGAAGAGCAACAACUGAAAAGUUCGCAGCAGCAAUCUGAUGCAAAUCAUAAGAAUCCAAAACCAGCACCUGUUGCAAAACAUGAGGUGCAGAAGGAAGCUCUUCCCAUCGAGGUUCCUCCCUUGUCUUUAGAUGAGGUGAAGGAAAAGACUGAAAAUUUUGGAUCAAAGGCACUGAUUGGUGAAGGAUCUUAUGGGAGGGUAUAUUAUGCGACACUAAAUGAUGGUGUAGCGGUUGCGCUGAAGAAACUUGAUGUCGCACCUGAAGCUGAAUCAGAUACCGAAUUCUUGAGUCAGGUUUCCAUGGUUUCUAGACUGAAGCAUGAGAAUCUCAUUCAAUUGCUCGGGUUUUGUGUUGAUGGAAACCUUCGCAUCCUUGCAUAUGAGUUUGCAACAAUGGGGUCGUUGCAUGACAUCUUGCAUGGUAGGAAGGGAGUUCAAGGGGCACAGCCAGGUCCAACACUUGACUGGAUAACGAGGGUGAAGAUAGCGGUUGAGGCAGCUAGGGGUUUGGAAUACCUUCAUGAGAAGUCUCAGCCUCCUGUAAUCCAUAGAGACAUAAGAUCUAGCAAUGUUCUUCUUUUUGAAGACUUCAAAGCAAAGAUUGCUGAUUUCAAUCUCUCAAAUCAAGCACCUGAUAAUGCUGCUCGUCUUCACUCAACAAGAGUCUUGGGAACUUUUGGUUAUCAUGCUCCAGAAUAUGCAAUGACUGGACAGUUGACUCAGAAGAGUGAUGUGUACAGCUUCGGGGUUGUACUUUUAGAGCUUCUGACAGGAAGGAAACCGGUGGAUCAUACCAUGCCUCGGGGUCAACAAAGUCUUGUAACCUGGGCGACACCAAGACUCAGUGAAGAUAAAGUCAAACAGUGCAUCGAUCCGAAGCUAAAAACUGAUUACCCUCCAAAAGCAGUUGCUAAGCUAGCAGCAGUGGCAGCAUUGUGCGUGCAAUACGAAUCUGAGUUCAGACCGAACAUGAGCAUAGUUGUGAAGGCGCUACAGCCGCUCCUCAAACCUCCAGCUCCAGCUCCUGCAGCAGAAUCUUGA